GUGACCCGGAAAAGGAUCGAGGUCAAGUUACGUAGAGAUGACCUUGGGACGUAUGGCUUGACCUUGAGAGGUGGAUGUCACGUGGGCAGCAGUUUCAGUGAUGAGCGAAUCGAAAACGAAUUAAUUCAGUACAAACCAAUAACCGUUACUCAAAUUAGAAGCGGUGGACCGGCCGAUAGGGAUGGGACAAUAAAAGUAGGCGACCGAAUACUUUCGAUAAACCGAACCAGUCUUCAGGGUAAAACGUUGGACGAGGUCAUGGAGCUUUUGAACGUACCCCAGCGAGAAACCGCCAUCUUCGUUGUUGAGUAUGACGUGUCUGUAUUAGACGUUGUCCAGCAAGCCAAUGGUCCUCUCUUAGUUGAAAUCGACAAACAACCGGGAUGCGCCCUGGGUGUGACCUUGAAUGAAGGUCAAUUUAGAGGUCAUAAGGUCAUGUAUAUUGCGGAAGUUGAACAAGCCAGCAUCGGAGAUAGGUCGGCGUGUGGAGCCCUGCACUACGGUGACCACAUACUGGCCAUUGAUGGGUGUGGUCUCGAGGGGGUGAGUGUAGAAGGGGCCAACGAAAUGUUGAAGGUCAAUCAAGGUCAUCAAAUUCAACUGGAGGUCGUGCCUUCUCAUUUGGUCGCCCAACAAACCCUACCUGAAUCGCAACAACCACAACAAUCCCAGCAGCCACAACAGCAACCACAUGUACCACAUGUACCACACCAAACUAGACAACAGCAACUACAACAACAACAACAUAGCAGACACAAUUCUCAAAGUAAUUCGCAACAAAGCACUCUUCAAAAAAACAUACCCUGUCCACAACACCAACAACAAUUACAACCACAACAAUGCUAUCACAAUAACAACAACAACAACAAACAACAACAACAACAAAUUCGACCAAGCGAGACGAAAACCCCUCCCCACACCCAAAUCUGUCACGUAGACAUCGUAGAGGUGCAACUUAUAGCCGACAGGGGUGGUAGUUUCGGGCUGCAGAUUGAUCCGGCGCACGGAAGAUCAUCCGGUGUGACGUCACAACCCCAGUCCUGCAUCCUCACCGUACCCCCCGUCGUCUCCUACAUCGAGCCGAGAGGGCCUGCCGAACGCUGUGGGGUCUUGCAGGAAGGCGAUCGCGUCCUGGCCAUCAACGGUCAGCAGCUGGAAGGUAUCUCCCUAGCCCAGAUGGACGAAUACAUAAAUGAAUCUAGAGUUAAAAUACUACUUUUGGUCGAAUUCGACGUUGCAGAAUCGAUAAUUCCAAGUAGCGGUAUCUUCAUAGUUAAGUUGGCGAAAAGGUCGGCAGGGCUUGGCGUUACUAUCAGCUGCCCGAAGAACAGAAAACCAGGCCAACAUUUGGUCAUAUCAGAUGUAAAGAAGGGCAGCGUUGCACAUAGAACCGGCUCCAUCCAACCAGGCGACAAACUGCUGGCCAUUGAUAAUGUCCGCCUGGAUGAUACCCAAUGUUCCCUUGAAGACAGUGCCAGAAUGCUGAGAGACACCAGGGAUAUCGUCAAGUUAACCAUUCAAAAAGAUGAAAAUUUCGCCGAAGAGCCUGAUCCGACUAAUUUGAUCACGUACACCGUCGAACUUCCGAAAUUCGCCGGGCCAGUUGGGAUCACAGUAUCUGGCAGUGAAGAGCCUUUUGAUCCCAUCAUUAUCUCCAGUCUGCUGCCUGGCGGAAUGGCGGAAAGAACUGGAGCCUUGCACGUUGGGGACAGAUUGUUGGCCAUCAACGGGACCAGCCUCCGUGGAAGCACCCUGACAGAUGCCGUCCACCUCCUCCAAAAUGCUGGUACUUCUGUCACCCUCAAAAUUACGAGGCCCGCAAAUUCUAGCAACAACAGUGUCAAUGGUGAUUUUUUAUUUUUUGACGUGGUAAAAAUGUGUUAA